AUGAUGCCGGCUGCUGCUGCUGCUGCAGCAGCAGCAGCAGCAGCAGAGGGGGCCCCCGGGGCCCCCCCUGCAGCAAAUGGCCGAGAAGGGCCAGAAGACUCUUUGGAGGCAGUCUUGGGUCUGCUGCGCCGAGACCUAGCUGCUGCCAUUGGCAGCAGCAGCAGCAGCAGCAGCAGCAGCAGCAACUCCCCAGCAGCAGCAGCAGCAGCAGCAGAUGGGGUUUUUCAACUGUCUCUCUCUCGCCGCUUUCUUGAUCGCCGCGCAGAGCGAAUGAUCCUUUUGGGCACUGCCAACUUCAUAAUUGCCCUUGGACAGAGCUUGGGUCUUUCAAUUGAGUGCGUCUGCGCUGCUCUGAGGUUUUUCUACUUGGGAGCAGAGCAGCAGCAGCAGCAGCAGCAGCAGCAGCAGCAGCAGCAGCUCCGCUUGACUAACAGAAAAGCUGCUGCUGCUGCUGCUUUGCUGCUGGCGUGGAAGCUGCUAGACGACAAUGACCCAAUCAAGAGCCAGCGCCGUGUGCAGUGUCUCUCGAGGGCCUUUUACCGACUUUGCCAAAGACAGAAGGCGCUGCAGCUAGCUGCUGCUUAUCCUUUGCUGCAGCAGCAGCAGCAGCAGCAGCAGCAGCAGCAGCAGCAGCAGAACCACCAUCCGCAGCAGCAGCAGGCGGACGCGCCCCGCAGCAGCUGCUCCCGCGCGCAGCAGCCAGAGCCCCCCUUGCCGCCGCAGCAGCCGCAGCAGCAGCAGCAGCAGCAGCAGCAGCAGCAGCAGCAGCAGCAGCAGCAGCAGCAGGUGCAGCAGCUGCAGCAGCUGCUGUGUUCUUCUUCCGCGUGGCUGCUGCUGGACGGAGGGGUUUGCUGCAGGCAGCUAAACAGCCUCAUAAGACAAAAAGAAAUGUCUUUGCUGCAGUCCUUAGGGUUUGGAUUGGGGGCCCCCCCGCUAGCAGCAGCAGCAAUAACGCGGCACGUCAAGCUGCUGCUGCAGCCCUGCAGCAGCAGCAGCAGCAGCAGCAGCAGCAGCAGCAGCGGGGGCUGCUGCUGCAGCAGGUGGCCCCGCAAGGGCAGGGCCUUUGCUGCGCUGCUGCACGGCCUGGAGUGCCGCAGCAAAGAAGAGCUGCUGCUGCUGCAUGCAACCCCUUUGGCCCUGGAGCUGGGGGCCCCCCUUCUUGCUGCUGCUGCUGUUGUUGCUGCUGCAGUUGCUUUCGAGCUGCCUUGCCCUGGGGACGUCUGGGGGGCCCCCCAGCAGCAGCAGCAGCAGCAGCAGCAGCAGCAGCAGCGGGAGCAGCAGGAGGAGCCCCCCCUUAAGAAGUUUAAGCAGCACGCAGGGGCAGAAGCAGCAGCAGCAACGGCAGCAGCCUCUGCAACUGCUGCUGCUGCUGCUGCUGCUGCUGCUGCUGUGCAGCAGCUUGCUGCCUUUGACCGCCACGUGCAGCAGUACCUUGCUGCAGCAGCAUCUCUUUGCUACAUACCCGCAGCAGCAGCAGCAGCAGCAGCAGAGUCAAGCUCCCCCGCCCCAUCGGGCGCGCCCUCAGCUGCUGCAGCAGCAGCAGCAGCAGCAGCAGCAGACGCAGCAGCAGCAGCAGCGCAGCUGCAGCCGCAGCGGCUGCAGCAGGUGCUGCAGCUGCUGCGCCUCUGCCGUGUGUGGCAGUUCGAUUUGCUGCAGUCGAGGCCCCUUCUUCUUUUAAAUGAAAAAACAAAUACAAAUCAUACCAAAUAA